CGAUAAUGUUUUUCAGAUUUCUGUGUUUAAUAAAUGUUGAAUUGCUAAGCUGAAGAUAAUUAAAAGUUUAAGGAUUAUUGUAUUGUUCCAGGAUUUCAUUAGGAAUAUGUACAAGGGAUAUACUGAUUCAUCAAGUUACUUUCUUUACAUGAUGUAUGCUAUCACAGUAGAGGUAUGUGUCGUGAUACAAGACCAAAAGCACAACAUCGCUCAUUGUAGUUCACCAAGUGGAUGAAGAAUAAGUAUGUUAUAUUGUAGUUGCUAAGGAUACACAUGUAACAGGGCAGAGACUGGGUGUUAACCUGUGACCCCACGCAACGCAAGCAUGAUUCUUAACAACAGUGCAGUCUGUAUUCGUAAAGAAAUACAAAUGGUAGAUUUCAUAUUUAAGAAGGCUGUUAACCUUUCCAGCCUCUUUGACUAAUAUCAGCUCUGAAGGUGUUUCCUGUAGAAUCCUAUCGGUGGGGGUGGGGUAGCUUCCUGAGCUAUGACAAAGCUUAAAUAUAUACGACUGAAGUCACAAUUGUAACCUACUAGUGGCAAGCAGGUUUGCAGGGGACAAGGCCCUAUAGCUAGAACUUGGCUAUCUUUCUGGAAUGCAAGUAAACUGGACUAAAUGAUUGUUUUGUCUGGUAAAGUUGAGCGCACAGAAGGCAAAAUUAUUGACGACUGUAGUAAACGAUGUAAAGGAAUAAGGACAGAACAUUGUACACAUGUGGGCAUUGCCACCACAUGGCCGUGGUUUAACUAUAUGUAUCAAAUUAAGACCACGCAGAAUUUAGUAAAACCAUCCUCUAAUCUGUAUCUCUUAUACUUCAGUCAUUCCUUGCUCGACUGCAAUGCAUAACUCCAGAUACACAACAGAUUAACACUCUUGGGCAGACGUAACGUUGACCUGCUGCAGCUGUGUUUGCACUGUGCUUUGUGAAACAUGCUCUUUCUGCCUCAAAAGGUUAGAUGCUUAACUUGAUCUCCUUCAAGGCAGUGUCUGUUUCUUUUUACACUGUGUGGUCAGAGUUAUAUUGAACCAUUCCUUUACCUAGCUGAUAUAUAUAUAUAUAUUUUUAAAGGACCCCCUGCAUUCAAAGCUGUGUGUUUUGUUUUUCCCCUCUUGAGCUGCCUGCAGUAGAAGCAUUUGGAACUUUUAGGGGUCAGGUCGGCCACCACAGCAGAGGGAUUCAGCAGUGAUAAUGAGCAAUCCAUCGAAGAUGAACGGGUCCCACUUGGCUCCGGGGAGCAGCGCUCCGGGGAAGGAGCCAGUGACCAACGGACAUGGGCACGGGGAGAGUGAUGGCAACCCGUUUGCGGAGUACAUGUGGAUGGAGAACGAGGAGGAGUACAAUCGGCAGGUGGAGGAGGAGCUGCUGGAGCAGGAGUUCUUGGAGCGCUGUUUCCAAGAGAUGCUGGAUGAGGAGGAUCAGGAUUGGUUCAUUCCAGCGCGGGACCUCCCCUCGGGGGUGGGGCAGCUCCAGCAGCAGUUCAAUGGGAUCUCAGUCAGCGACAACAGUGCCGACGAGAUUGCGCGGAAGAGCAGUUUAAACCCAGAGGCGAAGGAGUUUGUGCCGGGAGUGAAGUACUGAAAUCUUUUAGGACCAGAACAUGACCCUAAAAAGAGACUCUGUCUGGUGUAACAUCGGACACACGCUGCACACAGGAACUCGACACUGGGAAUUGAGGCAACAAGGGAAAUGUAUUAUAUAAGCUUUUGGGGGGGGGGGGGUGCUUUUCAUUUUUUUGACAGGGGACAGUAUUCUUUUAAUACUGUAGUUUAAGAAAAAAAAAAAAAAAACUGAUGCAGUUUACACACAGACUAUAAAUGCUUUUUAUGGACAGGCCAUGAGUGAAUAAUGAUCCAUUUUGUAGAGACACAGGCUGACUGCAGUCCAAUAGCAUGCAACCGCUAAGGAUAAUUAAGUCACAUUUUGGUGGUGGCAGGAGGGGUGUUGCCUGAGGCAAUGGAGAUUGCACUGGCAAUCCUGAAGUUUAAAAUUGAAAGUGUGGGAUUUAUGUGAAAUCUGUGAUUUUUGUCUAAAUCCUAAACUGAGAAUUUAAUUGGUUAAAAAAAAAAAGAAUAAAUAAAUAGUUGAAGAAAAGGUA